AUGCCAAAGGAAGCAAAGCCAAAGAAGGAAAAGGUCACCAAGAAGAAGGACCCUCACGCGCCCAAAAAGGCUCUUUCCCCCUACAUGUUCUUCACUCAGGAAUGGCGUGAAAAGAUCAAGGAUGAGAACCCCGGAAUCGGCUUUGGCGAGGUGGCCAAGCGUCUCGGUGCAAAGUGGAAGAGCAUGACUGAUGAAGAGAAAGAGCCCUAUGUCCAGAAGCAUCAGGCAGACAAGAAGCGCGCUGAUGAUGAGAAGGAGGCCUACGAGGGCAAGUCCAAGGCCGCUGCUGCUGCUAGCGGCGAUGACGAGGACGAUGACUAG